GCUGAUUCUGAUUGGUCAGUGAACUGAAGCGUCUGUAUGAACUGGAGCUCAGUCUCUCAAACUCUCUCAGUUUCUGUUGGGUGUAGAGACAAAAUGUUGCUGGGUCUGCAGCUGCUGCUCCUACUGACUCUGACUAUAAGAACAGAUGGAUAUAAUUGGUUCGUGACAAAUGAAUGUAUCGCCAGUUCAUCAGAUCUGACAGAUGUGGAAUUCAUUUAUACUGAUUAUUUCAAUAAGGAUCCAGUGUGGCGGUUUAACAGCACGGUGGGGGAGUUUGUUGGAUACACUGAGCUCGGAGUGAAGAACGCAGAGCGCUUUAAUAAAGGACCUGAAGUACAGCAGAUGAGAGGCGAGCUGGAGAGCUACUGCAAACCCAACAUGAGAAUUGAUUUCUCGGUUGUUCUGGAGAAAACAGUGAAGCCGAGGAUCAAACUCGUGGCAGAACAGCAGGCCAGUGGUGGUCAUCCAGCCAUGCUGAUGUGCAGUGCGUACAACUUCUACCCCCGAGUCAUUGAUGUGUACUGGCUGAGAAACGGGGAAAAGGUGACCAGUGAUGUGACCGCCACUGAGGAGAUGGCUGAUGGAGACUGGUACUACCAGAUCCACUCCCACCUGGAGUACACGCCCACAUCUGGAGAGAAGAUCUCCUGUGUGGUGGAGCACGCCAGCUCCAAGAAGCCCAUCAUCAUUGAGUGGGAUGGCUCUCUUCCUGAGUCUGAGAGGAACAAGAUGGCUAUCGGAGCUUCAGGGCUGGUGUUGGGGAUCAUCCUGACAGCUGCUGGAUUCCUCUACUACAAGAAGAAGUCCUCAGGCCGGAUCCUGGUGCCCAGUUAAGCUCUGGUCUUUGUGGUGUUGAGGACUCGCCUUUACUCUCAGGUGGUGAAGCAGCAGAAACUACAACAGAUUUUGUCGUCUGCAUUCUUUAUAGAAAACAUUUAAACAGCUCUUUUAUUUCUAAGAAUCUUCACUAAAAGCACAAGCUUGAUUGUUUUCUUCUUAUGAGUUUUUCUGUUUUAUUAAUGAUGAGAGGAACUAUUAGAAAUAUUCUUUACUGCACAAAUUUCUGUGAAUACAUGAAAACUGAUUUUCACAUUGAUCUAUUACAGGAUUAGUAAAAACAUUUAUAGACCAUCUUUACUGGAGACUUUAUUAUUAGGUAUGUGUGAGCAAAUCUGGCUUUGACUAACUGAAGAACUCUUUAAAUCUGCUUCUGUAAUUAUUCAAACUUUUAGCUUUUCCUUAACAGACCAGCACCAAAGAGACAAACUUCUAUUAACAAACACAUUUCUAUUAUCAUCAGUCGCUCUAUGUAUAAUACUUUAAGGUGGAAUUGGCUCUUGAUUUUGUGUGUAUUUGACUGCUUUUAAUAAAUAUUUCUAAAUGA